AUUCGGCCUACACAGAAGCUACUCCGGAUGUCACCUGCUGCUGCUCGAAUUGAUUAUUCUCAAACGUCGAUUGUGGAUAUCAGAGUCAAAAGAUGGAAAAACUGGACGAGGUCGCAAUUGCCACACUAAGAGCUGCUAAUAUUGGAGAAGACUUACUCCCCUCGCUUUCCCGAGACGACAUCAAAGACCUCUUUCCUGGUCCUGAAAAUUUCUUGAGGCGGCGGGCUAUAUGGCUUGUUGUAAAUAAAGAUGAAAAGGUGGAUACUGCUCCCGAAAUUCAGCAAUCACCCCCCACUGGAGGCAGUGACUUUUCAUUAGAGGAGGCCAAUACUUCUAAAUUUGUGACUAUGUCAAACCCAGAAUACAUAGUCUUCACCGACAGUGAGCUUGAACAGGUGCGACGCUCCUACUUUGAACAGAAACGACUGGGGACCGAGCACAAUGGGACCCUAUCCAAGGAACUCUUCUGCCGACUCAUAAGAAACACUAUGACUAACAUGAUCUCCAUCGCAAGAGCCACAGAGGACUCCAGAUACCCCACCAAACAUGAGGUGAAUGCCAUGGCAAAGCGACUGGUGGAUUACUAUCCAAUGAUAAAAGACAGGUCAUCAAUCAAUGAGUGGGAGCAUGUUGCCAAAAAGCUCAUGAAGAGACUCUCAAAUGUCAGAAGUCCAAAGAAGGCCAAAGGUCCUCCUUCCAAGAAACCACGACAAGAAGUCAGUUCAGACGUUGCAACUACUGACUACGAUGGAGACUCCAGUACAUCCACCAUUAUUCUGGAACGGUCACCUGUUAGUCCCAUGGGCAUCCCAGUAGAUCUGUCACCUAGAACCAGCACCCCAGUGCAGAACCGGAACAGCAGUGAUGAAGAAUCUUGUUCAGUUGACAUCAUGGACAGCCAGAAAAUCCAAGCAAGACACUACAAGACCCUCCAAGAAAUAUACAAGUCCAAAAAGCCAAACAAAGCUGCGGUAACUCAUUUGCUGAACAUGGAAUUUGAGUCUCGAAGAUGCUUCAUCACCUCUGAUGUUUUAAAGGAGCAAGACAGAGCCACAAAGAUUCUAGAGGCUUACCCUUGUUUCAGAGAACUGGAUCAUGUGCUGGAUGAGCUGCAGCGAAUCAUCCAACCGACCAACUCCCAGUACAUAUCAGAGAUGCAGAACAGGUGGAAAACCUUCUAUUCAAAGGUCCAGUUUUAUGGAGUGAUGAAGAAGGCCAUGAAGAUUCCUAAAACUUUGAAUGGAGUGGAGCAUAUCACAGCUGUCUUCAGAGCCCUGCCACUGCUCUUUCCGUCCAGCACUUUGCCACCGAAGAAACUGGGCUCAAGCAGCGAGGCUCUUUUCCAUGUCCUAGCGACUUCUGAGGAUCCUAAUGGUUUCUUGCAACAGCGACCCCUGUCUUCUCCGGUUCUGCUAGUUUCUGAGGACAACUACAUGAUCGCAAUCGGAAAAACACCUGUGACCACCUUCACCAUGGACGGACUUAAUGAGGGACUUCUCUACGUCAUGGCAUAUUACUAUGCCCUGCACAUGACCUACCCCAAGUGCAUUUCUACACUACUCUCAGUACUGCAGACAGAGGUACUUCAAGAUUCAAUUCAUGAGCAGGAUUUGACCCCUCACUACAAAAAAGCGAUGGGUGAGUGGAAGUCAUUCAGUGAGUGAGUCCCUUUGUCCAUCACUCUGCCCCACUCUGCCUGUUGUUGAAGACUUUCAAAGAAAGUUGAUGUUCUGUUUUUAAAAAAAGUUCAUCACAGUUGGACACAUUUGUUGGUGAGAUUGAAAACCUU